GCCCCAUCACUCUCCUCCACGUUCUUACUCUUUCUUCUUUCUAACAAAUUUCCCUUUUUUUCCCUUUCUCUGUUUUUUUUUCUCUUCUCCAGUUCUUACCCCAUGGCUUUGAUUCUUUCGAUUCCCCUUUCUUUCUAUUGAUUUCCCACUUCCCUUCUUCAUUUUGGGUAUCCAAUUCCCUUUAAUUUUCCCUCUCUCUGCUCCUUUUCAAUCCCCUCUCCAAAACCUUCUACUUUUGGUUGGAGGUGGAGGGGCUUUGAAAUUCAAGAUUUAAGUGUUGUUGAGGCGGAAGGAUUCUUGUUGUCUUGAUCUGACUUACAUUUCGAGUAUUUGGGGUGUCGGAGAUCUCUUUGGAUUUGUUUUAUGGAUUUUGAAAGCGAAUGUUCGGCUCUUGAAUCUGUGGAAGACAAUGAAGUGAACCAGGAAGCUAUUCCUUUUGAUGAUGUCAACCGAAUCAGAAUCAAUGGCACCUGUGCUAAUGAUGCUGACCAGUCUUGUGCUGCUGAAAGUGGUUUUAAUGAUAGUGUAUCCAUUUCACCGGCUGCUAAGGGAAAGGAUUUAAGUGGAGAAGCUGUGAAUUCACCUCCUUCCAUAACCAAAUCUCCUCUUGACACUUCUUCUCCUGUAACAAAAGGGUAUGGAUUGAAGAAAUGGAAGCGUAUUCCUAGAGAUUUUGUGAAGGAUAUGAAUUCAAGUGAUGAUACUAGUAAAAUUUUGAAGAGGGCACUCUCUACUUCUGGGAAUCCAAUUAAACCUCAACUUUCUCCAACCGAGAAUAAGCAAAAUAAUGAAGGUUCCGUUGGAUCUGUAACCCCAUUGAGGAAUAUCGGAAAUGUUGAUGGCUUGGUUUUCCAUGGUUCUAGUUCCAAUUCCAGGUUUGCUUUGGGGUCUGCCUUUAACCCCGGCACAGAUUCUGAAAACAGUGAAGAUCGAAGUAGCAAAUCUUCUACAGCAGCCAGUGUUCCAAAGGCGAGGUACGAUCUGAAUACCGUCUUAGGACAUGUGCGGGAAAAGAAUAGGAUAAAGAGCAUCAGUGGGAAAAGUACGGGUGGUUCUGGCCAAAAGGGUCAACAGGGAAAGGGACGUGUCGAAGGCAGUAAAAAGGCAAGGGGAGAAAGAAUCAAAGUUGAGAAGGAGAAUUCUCAGUCUAGCAUUGAAUCUGACUCAAGGAGCUCCUGCUUUGUGUUUAGGCAGGGCACUCUUGCUGCUGCUAGCAAUGGGAACCAAAAUGAAAGGUCUGUUACGGACGAUGGGGACAACAGCGAUGGAGCUUAUGCAGGUGAUCAACAGUUUAGUGAAGAAGCUGAAACUGCAUAUAGGAAAGAGGAUGAGGUAGAAGCUGAAGAUGUUACUCAAGAUAAUUUGGCAGCGGACUUGUCUUGGGAAGUUAAGGAUGAAAAGGAUAGGAAUCACUGGUCACCUUUGAAUAAGGAUCCCAUGGAUGAGUCUAUUCUCAGCCUCCAGUCUGCGCAACAUGCGCUUGAAAAAGAAAUCAAGAAGCUGAGGGAGAUUGGAAAGGACGAGAUAGCAUCUUCCAGCAUAAUCAAUGAUGCUGAACCUUCAAGUUUUGCGCAUGACAACCUAGAAACACAAAAAUCCAGUUCGUCUUUCAAAAUGGGUCCCGGGAAGGCUGCUACAAGUUCCUCUGAAGCCACAGUUCUGUGCUUGACAGGAAAGGUGAAACUUUUGGAGACCAAAUUAGAAGAGACGAUGUCCAUACUCAAAUCAAAGGAAUCCCGAGUUGCUGAACUGGAAUCAUCCAUUAGCACCAGCAAGUCACCCAAGCAGGAAGAAGUAAUGGAAAUAGAGAAGGAAUUUGAGAGGUUUUUUAGGCAAAGACUCGAAGCAGAAAUUGAAUAUUUGGCAAUAGUAAGAGCAAUUGAGAAUCUACAAUGUGGAAUAGUAGUUGAUGGUAAAAAGAUUUUGGCUGAUGAGCAAGUAGAGGUGAUGAACAGACUUAGAGAAGCUGAAAGUAAAGCUACAGCGCUUAAGAAACGAGCAGAGGGAUUGGAAAAAUACUGUGGUGAUGUAUUGGAAACCGAGGAGGUUUUGACGACUCGAGGGGAAGUAUUCAAGGUUAGUUCUUGUGCAUUUCUGCAGUUGAUACUCUUGAUCCUCGUUCUUUGGCUUUUUGUCUUGCAAAUGCCUUCACCUGCUGAACUAGUUGUACCAACAUAAUUAAGCCUAGAAAAAGGAGAUACAUACUUUGUGAAUUGAACAGUGUUUAAACUAAACGGUUUUUUUUUUUUUUUGUUCCCUUUUAUCAUUGUGCGUAGAAAAAAAAAUGGAGGAAAAGGAAAGGGGCAAGUAGGAAUCUCAGUUGUAAGUUGUUUAAUGGGUUUUUUUGUUUUCCUUUUGUUUUCUUCUGCUGUAACUGUUGUAGUCAUGAUUUUUGAUAGACAACUAAUAGAGCUCUAAAAACGUUGCAAGCGCUCGAUGAAUUGGUAUACAGUAUUAACUUCUCGGAAUCGAAUGCAUUCAUUCAUUGAGAUUA